ACUCAGGAGCUUUGUUGAUAAUUUCGGCUUUUCCUGAGCUCCUACCACCCUUCUCUCAUCCAUUCCCCUGUCAAUCCAAGCUCCCUCCACGUUUUCUCUGCAUGUCUUUAGUACGAGUCACGCAGCACAGUCGGGGGAGACAAGGAACCGCUUAGUAUUCUGUUCACAAGCGGAGAGAGAGAGAGAGAGAGAGAGAGAGAGAGAGAGAGGGUUGGAAGACUCCGACAAAAUAAUUACUCUGAGAAGAGGAACUGGAGAGGGGAAGAGGAGAGAACUAACGGAUAUCCAUAUUGUCCAAUUAUUUCUCUCAGUCUGUCCCUGCAUCCCCUCCGUUGAUCUCAGGCAAAGUGUUGGAGCUAUUUUAAGACAUUCCUCAAACCUAACUGAAAACCACAAUCCCCAUUACGGUUUGUGCUGAAAACCAGGAAAAUCUCUACAAUUACAAGUACAAUUCCCACAGGAACUACAUGAUCCAGAAUUCAGCACUGAACCCUUAACCACAGGCAGAUGUUACCUUAAGAAAUACAUCUUAUAUGACCUUUUUCCCAGUGUUAAUGGGUUUUCAGGGAUUUUUUAUUGGGAGUUAGUGGAAUACGAGAGCCAACUGGAUGUUUGGAAUUCUCAGGAAAAGGGGGCUUGAACAAGAGACACACGCAAAAAAAAUACUCCUGCUGGAAAUUUAUGCAGGGAUACUGGAGCUCAAGAAUGACCCAAACAUGGGACUUCAUCUUUGGCUUUUUAGACUUUUUUAAUUAAGGGUGGACCUUUGAUUGACACAGCCAAGGUGGACAGUGUCUCCAAAGAGCCCUCAGCUUGUCAGAAGAGCCCCACUAGACUUGUCGCAAACAAACUGAACAGAUCCUCUCCUCACAAGGACCUUCAGCUUAGUCAAAGUGGUGUCCUGCAAUUGUCCAACUGAGGCAGGGAAUGUGAUGCUGAUUGGAGGAUGUCGGGGGACUGGGAUGAAGACCUGUGCAAGAAGGCCCUCAUGCUGGUGGAGGAGCUGUGCUUCCGCUCAACGGAGGACUACAGCCAGAAUGAGCAUUGCCAGGAGUUUAGCUAUAUGCUUAGGGGCCGCAACAGGCAGCCUGACACAGAGAUCUCCGUCAGCCUCCUCUCAGUCAUAGUGACGUUCUGCGGCAUUGUUUUGCUCUCUGUCUCUCUCUUCGUCUCAUGGAAGCUCUGCUGGCUACCCUGGAGGGACAAAGAGGGAGGAGGCCUCAGCCUGACAUCGGGGCUCCUCCCUGGGGGAGGGGGAGUGGGCGGGGGGUCGUCCCUUCUUCCCCCCCUCAUGCAGAGGAAGGAGACGCACUCCUCCUCCUCCCUCUACCCGUCUCUAGCCCAGCCUGCUCAGCACCAUCCCCACUUCGCUGAUAUGCUAACGGUGGAAAGGUGUGAGGGAGGAGUGAUCGGCGGUCCAGAGAGGACCCCCAUAGGAGGAGUGGUGGGGGGUCCACAGGAGAUGCAGGAGCAUUCCUACCUGGACAUGGACUCCUACCCCAACAGUGCGGGGGGCGGGUUGAAGCUGAGCCAGACCUCUCCAGAACUGCCUCCAAACUCUGAGUCAGGCCCUGCCUCACAGUUGCAUAGAGACUUGCCCAAUGCCCACUCGCAACAGCAGGUCUCUGCACGGCCACGCCCCAUGACCCACCAACUCUCCAGCCCUGAUUUCCAUGGUGAUGAGAAGACUGAACAAGUGACGAGCAUUGGUCAGAUCAAGCCAGAACUGUACAGACUGCGGCAGGGGGAGCAGGGGGACGGGAAACAGGGGGACAACUGCGGCAAGAUCAGUUUUCUAUUGCGCUAUGCCUUCAACACUGAGCAGCUGGUUGUUAAGAUCCUAAAAGCUUUGGACCUGCCGGCGAAAGAUGCGAACGGAUUCUCUGACCCCUAUGUCAAGAUCUACUUGCUGCCUGACAGAAAGAAGAAAUUUCAGACAAAGGUCCACAGAAAGACAUUAAAUCCCAUCUUCAAUGAAACAUUUCAAUUUGGGGUGCCCCUCGCUGAGCUGCACUCACGGAAGCUCCACUUCUCUGUUUACGACUUUGACCGGUUUUCCAGACACGACCUCAUAGGACAAGUGGUGGUGGACAACCUUCUGGACUUCAGCGAGGGGAGUGGGGAGAAGCCUGUGUGGCGAGACAUUGUGGAGGGGACAGCGGAAAAGGCAGACCUGGGAGAGCUAAACUUUUCCCUGUGUUACCUACCCACGGCCGGCCGACUCACUGCUACCGUCAUCAAGGCCACUAAUCUGAAAGCCAUGGACCUCACUGGCUUCUCAGAUCCAUAUGUGAAAGCAUCACUGAUUUGCGACGGCCGUAGGCUGAAGAAGAGAAAGACAUCUAUCAAGAAGAACACCCUCAACCCCGUCUACAAUGAGGCGCUGGUCUUUGACAUACCUCACGAGAACAUUGACAGUGUGUCCUUGAUCAUCGCUGUCAUGGACUAUGACUGCAUUGGUCACAAUGAAGUGAUAGGCAUGUGCCGUGUAGGCAGUGACGCAGACGGACCUGGCAGGGAACAUUGGACGGCCAUGUUAGCCAAUCCUCGGAAGCCCAUUGAGCACUGGCACCAGCUGAUGGAGGAGAAGACCAUGAAUACGUUUGUGUCAAAGAGCACGUCAGCGUCCCCAAAGCCUAACAUUGUAGUGGACAGUCCUCACUCUGAGUAGAGCGGGUUCUCAGGCACUGUCCUCCUUCCAACUUCAGACUCCAAUCUCCUUCUCAUGUGUAAUUAAUUAUCUAUAUUUCAGAAAGGCGGAGAGGGAGGCGCAGAGAGACCUUAAGUUUCACACAGAACAGAGAAUGCGGAGCCGACACUUUGAAUAAACUAGCUUUGUUCUGCCACAGAACAUAGACAGAACAUGCACACACGGACACACACACACACACACACACACACACACACACACAGUACAUAUCCAAGUACUCACAUACACAGAGACUCAGUGCAAACAAAAUAGACUGCGCAGUAUAUUGGUGCAAUGCACAGAUAACAUGUAGACCACACAUGUACCUACAUUCUGAAGAAAGUAUUUUGUGGAUAUCUAAAGAUUUGAUGUAUAUAAACAUACAGUAAAGGAUUCACCAUGGUGGAGUUUAUAGUGUGUUAAACAUUUCUCUCCAUAAAAGUAUUUGGUUUGUUUUAAACAGCCUGAGUCAAAAUGAUUACAUCUAUGUAGACUUUUAAACUAUAAUAAGAGUUUUUAUUAAAUUAUGAGUAUUAUGUUUAUUUAAUACAUUCUUUCUUUUUUAAAAUUUGGCACCCAAUGUGGGGCUCAACACGUCCAAUUCCCACCCUAAUUUGGAAUUUCCAACCAUCUGCAAACGCAGCCACGUUCAUGAGCGAACCCCACUGCUGAUUUGGGAGAGUGUAGACAUCUGUGUUGCCACUCUGCUUCUUUUCACACUGCAGACUAUAGUUAAGCUUGCAUAGGGUAGAGUCAGAGGAAGACAGCAUAUGCAUCUUUGACAUGUAGUCCAUGGGUGCCUGUUUGACCAGUGGGGGUGCUAGAAAGCAAUGAACGCGGACCGCUGACUGACUGAACCCUCUCGUACCCUGGGCAACGCACUUGCAUGUUGCCCUACGGAGCUACCGGGCACUGGCACGGUCUGGAUUCAAUUCAAGACAGUGGGGCUCAUCCUUGCACCACAGUGUGGUGCCUUAACUGAAUGAGCCACCCAGAAGCAAUAUUUACCUUUCUCAGCCAGUGAAAAUAUUUUGUCAUGUUGCAGUUUGUGUCAGAGGAGUAAGAAACGUGGACUGACUGAUUCAGCUGGAGCGAGCAUGAUGAAAUAUUUCAUAUGUACCAGCCUUGAAAUGUAUCACUAUAUGCCAUAUAAAAAUGUUUCAUCUUCUCAGAACUCAUGCGGAUACAGUUUAUGCUUUUAUGUUGUAUGAUUUAGUUAAAUAGUCAACAUAUAAACAGUUCCUCAUUGUAUUUUUUUAUUUUUAUCCUGAAAGAAAAGGGAAUGCCACAAAGAGAGCACUGGAAAGUUGCUCUGUCAGUGUGUCAUGGCAAACCAUGUCACCCAUUUUGUCUGACAUGCAAACUUCCUUUCUGAAGAAAAUUUAAAGGACCGAUGGUUUGAACUGCCGUAUUUGCCAAGGGACCUACAUUUUGGGUGCAUCAGCUUGCUUAUUGCACAGUUAUUAUACAUAUGUGCAACAUGUAUUUCGGGAAAGGAUUGAUCAUCUACUUUAUUUUUUUAUCAGUCUAUUCUAUGAUACAAUCUUUUGAGAACCUUUGUUUCUAAAAGACAUUUUAUUGAGAAGAGGAGCUCAUUGUACUUCAAAAAUCUCCGAGUUGGAUAAUGCCAGGAUACACUAACUGUUUUGUUGCCUUUCUGUGUGUGUGUGCGUGUGUGUGUGCAUGUGUGCAUUUCAGUGUGUAUUAUGAGUGUUUAUGAGUGUGUUUCUGCAUUUGUGAGUGUGUUUCUGUGUUUGCGUGCAUCCGUAUGUGUGGCUAUAUGUAGGCAUAAUUUUGUCAUCCUGCUCGUUUUCACUCUCUAGUCAUUUGUAAAUUCAAACUCUUGUGUUCUGUUCUAUAUGUUAUUGGAAUAGUUUGUGUAUGGAGCCCAGUCAGUAUCACCACUCAGAGUGCACCACUCAGCGUGCGCCUUCUGCCUCCAUGUAAUUGUCUAUGUCAGGGGUGGGCAAUUCUGGUCCUGGAGGGCCGAUGUGUAUGUAAGUUUUGUUUCCACCAAUUACCCUGGCUAAAUUAGGUAAUUGGCUGUAUACACCAACGCUGGUUCACUAAUAGAUUAGAUCACAGUAAAAUGUUUUACACGGAUACAAGAACAGUCUUCGGCUGUCAGUCAUGCACUUAUCAAGAAAUGUAGCUUAAGUGUCAUUGCAUAAAUGUUAGGGCUGAUUAAAUAAUUAAGGUCAAAAUUAGGCAUGAAAACUAGAGAUAGAUACAGUCCUUAUUGCCCACCUCUGGUCUAUGUGUGUACUUUUUUAUUAUGUGUUUAUAUAUAAGGGGGUACUAAUGGCUACAAUUUCAAGGGAACUAAAACUUUAUAUGUUCUAUAAAUAGAGCUGAACUAAAUCUCUUGGGUCGGAGUGGAACUCAAGUAUGACCUACUUUAUUUCAAACAAAUACAUACAGAGAUCUGGAGGUUAACACAGUGUGAAGAAGAUGGCUGUAGAGGGCCUUAUCAUUAAUCACAAAAUGAAUUACUCUAUUUGUAACAUCAGUAAGAUAACAUCAUAAUCAUCAUCAUCAUGAAAUUAUAAUAAACCUUGAUUCUAUGCAUUUUUUCUUCAAUAGACGCUUUCAGGGGAACGCUCGCGCAUUGCCAUGUUAUACCCCAAGAUCCUUCCAAACUUCCGGUGUAGCAAACAAUUGUUGUUUUAGUAGACUAGCUAACAUUAGGAUUAAGGAUUUAGUUGUUUUAGCAGACUAGCUAACAUUAAGGAUAGCAAACCUGCAAGCUAGCAGGUUAUUACGAGUAAAUCAUAUUGCUCUUGUUGUAUAGUGGGGUGUUCUUUGGGGUCGGGAACAAGUGGUUAUUUACUUUUUUUAAAGAAGUGGAAAGGCGACAUAUCCUACAGCUGACUAGCUUACUGCUUAAUGUUAGCUAACGGUUUAGUUUGCUAGUUUAGCUAGCGGCAAUAGCCAGUGUUAUUAUCAUGUUCAUAAUAAAAUGGUUUCUAAUGCUUUGACUUGUGUAAUACUUCUGAGGACAGAUUUUACAUCUCAAGUAUAAAAUAUAGCUUGUUGGGUAAAUUGAUUUUUAUUUUGUUGCACAACAUAACGGUAACCAACAUAAUGGUGAGCAAUGUAUUCAAAUGUUAAAUAACAGAACAGUUCCAAACUGUUCAUUAAUAUAGUUACCCAAAUAGCUAAAUAAACAAUUAUUUUAGUAACUAUUUGCAGAUGAUUUAUUCAUUUUUGUGACGGCAUUUUGGAAUAAAGGCUACACUGAAAACUAAUUGUCAGAAUGCACCAGUCUUGGCCUGUCUCUCAGCCAUAAUUUAAAUGGGCAUAAGCUAACUGAAACCAAGUUUCCCAUGAGGAAUCAUUUUAUUUCAAUAGAAGAAAUGUCGAAAUGUGUAGUUUAGGCUAACGUUAUACCAGCAAAACGUGUGUGUCUUUCAAAAUUGUGUUUAAGAUGUGACAGAGGCAUUUUCAUGAGGCUAGCCCUGGAUAGCCUAUAACCAAUCAAUCUGUCUACAAUAUCAAUGUUUAUUCUAUCAAUAAAGUAACAGUGAGUUCCUUGGGAGGCUAUUCCUGCAAAAUAGAUUGCCUUUUUCACUGUGGGAAUUUCCAUCACGGUUUCUCAUUAUUUUUAGGCCUAUUACUCAGGCCAGGCUUGUUCACAGAAAAGCUGAGACAGUGGUCGGGACCUACGAUACCCAAUAUUUUUCCGGAGUAAACUGGAAGUUUAAAAGGGUCUUGGUUGAUGCACAUGCGCUGUAGCGUUUGUUAUUGUUGUCAGUUUGAAACGGCCUAUACAUGGUCUUCUAGAGUCCCUUAAGUGGCCAUAGCUUAAAAGCUAGCUUAUAAUGAGUCUCUUUUAUAUUUUGCAGUCUGAAUUUACACUUAAACUGCAACUAUAGAACAAUGACUAUGCUAAUUGUUAACUAAAUUCAUUUGGAUGUUACUAUCACUACUUCUGCUUACACCUACUGCUUCUACUUUUUCCAUCUGUUCUUAUUUGAAUGGUGUAUGUACCAUUCAGUUUAUUUGGAGAGAAAUUUGACACCUCAAGGUUGAACUUAGCUGACUGGACAGUGCUUCUAAAUGGCAUAUCUUGCUGACACAUCAUGCUUUUGUGAGUUUGUCUGUUUGGAGUACUUCUCUAUGAGCUGUUCGCUAUUUCUGUUCCCUCAUACUACAGUCUCACUAGCUGCUCAAAACUGCCUGCAUUGAUACAUAAAUGUGAAAAGCCACUCAGGUAUUGAUUCACAGAAGUGUCCAAUGUAUCUGCAAAUAUUACACCUUCUCACCAAGGCAUAUGUCCUAUAAUAGGCACUACUCUCAGUGUGCUUCAUACACGCUGGUCUUAGUAUGGGGCAGUGUGAACUUCCCCCAUAUGCCAUGAAUUAUAUUUUGGUAUGUAAGAUGGCAGGAGUUAUGUCUGUUACAUCAUGCAGUUAGUGUCAUCAUGGGCACAUCUAUCUGUCUUCAUUGUUUUGUCUCCUGCUUAACCUCCACAUCUCAAUUUUGUCAUUCUAGUUUCUCUACCUCACACUUUGUGUACUGCCAUUGUUGUGUGUUCUUGAGUCUUGGACUGUAGUGUUAGUGCUGUUGUAAUCUCUCUCUCUCUCUCUUUCUCUCUGUGUCUGCCUCUGGACACCCAUGCUCUCUCUUGUUCUCUCUGUCAUUUUCUCUCACACUCUAUUUUUCUCUCUGUUGCUAUCUCUCAGUUCAGUGUCAGUGCAGUUCAGAAUGGCUAUGGUGAAAAAUGUUUGCAUGCUUAUACUAGCAUGAAUGAUGUCAAUUCGAUACCGUGAAAAUUAAAUAACUGAUGCUCAAUGCAAAAACAGGCAACAAACUUGAUACUAAUACUACUAAUGAUGAUAAUGAAAAAAUAUAAAUAGUAACAGUGACCAGUAUGAUAACAUUGUUAAUACUGUAUUAUGUAUAAAAUUGUAUUUAUAUUUGUUUUUUUAUGUUUUCCUUUGAAAUAAGUUUAUUUUGUUGAAAACAGAAUCUGUAAGAUUCUGGAGCCAGAAAUUUGAUGAACGGGCAGUGGAGAAAUACAAUUUAUAGAGACAAUGAUUUUACAAGAACCGCAAUGAUUACAGUGCUUGGAAGCCUUGAAAGUUGAAAUAAAGGAAAUACAAUAUGAA